AUGCUUCGGAGGGCUUUCACCCGGCUGCGCACCGUUCCGUCGCCGUCCGGCAACCCGGCACGGCUCUCCAGCCUUCGGUCGCAGGUCGGCCCGGGCGCCCCGUUGCGCGCUCCGAACCGGCAGGCGGUUUCCUUUGGCGGUCGCCCGACCCCAAUCCCCCCAAGCACUCCCCCCCCCCCGCGUGUGGUCUACCUUCGCGGGGUGUCCCCUCUGCGGUCUUGGGCCUUCACCGGGGCGGCCUUCACCAUCGGCGCCCUGAUGACUACGGCCUUUACGAAUCGCUACCUGGAGGAUGCGUCCAUCUUCGCCGAGACCCCCGAUGGGAGCCUGGUCCCAGUGGAGGUGUCGGUUCGGUCGAUCUUCCAAACGGCCUGGAACGCCAUCCUUGAGGACGUCGAGGAUGAUGAUGGUGAUGACGGUGAGUGGUAUGCAUCGAGCAGCGACGAUGCCGAUGGCGGGGACGACCCAGGCGGCAAUGCCGACGGCAUCGCCCCUGCCGAGGCUGACAAUGCCGUCGCCCAGGGCGUCGAGGCCGGCGAUGCAGGCGAGACUCCGCCGGAUGACAAGGCCGCCGGUGCCCCCACCGCCGCCCCUGACUCGGAUGCCGAUGGCGCCGCCUCGGAUUCCGGCCAGGCCGCAGUGCCUGAGAUGGUGCCCCCCAAAUCCGCUGCCGAGGAGGACCCGACUUCUGAUUCGGCGUCCGGCCAGCCGGCUGACCCGGCCGCCGAUCUGGCCUCCCCAGCCCCGGCUCUGGCCAAGACCACGGCCCCUCCCACCACCGGUCAGACUUUGGCCGAGAUCUGCUCCCUGCUUUGGUUGGACAAGUGGUGGUUCCUCUUUGCGGUGUCCACGGCGGUCGCCUCGGCCGCGGCGACGGUUCUCCUGCCGGCCGCUUCGGGCCAGCUGCUGAAUAUCCUCCGCUCGCUGGCGGACAGUGCCGGGCGCCGGGCCGAGCUGGAUGGCUCCGCUGGUUCCCUGGCCGACCAGUCGGCCCUUGAGAAGAUCCAACAUCUCCUGUCCAAUGCCUUCUCGUAUCCGGAGCUGAAUGCCGCGGCCGCGCGCUUCCUGGGCCUUGUUUCCCUGCAGGCUUCCCUCUCCUUCUGCUAUGGCUACGCGGUUUCCAUUGUCGGGGAGAACUUGUCCGAGCGCCUGCGCAAGCGCCUCUUCGACAACCUCCUCCACCGGCCGAUUGCCUUCCACGAUGGGAACCUCACCAGCGAUCUGGUGGCCAGCCUGACGGGCGACAUCCAGGAGUUCAAGUCCUCCGUCAAGUCCAUCCUGGCCAAUGGCGUCCGGCUGACGGCCCAGACGGUGGGCGGGCUGUCGACACUGGUGCUGCUUUCGCCCUCGCUGACGAGCGUGCUGCUUGCCCUGCUGCCGGCGGUCUUUGCCAUCGGGGCCUCAUAUGGCCGGACUUUGCGGCGAAAGUCCCGCCUGGCGCGACAGGGCGACGCGGCGGCGGCCGCCCGCGCGUCCGAGGUCUUGGCUGCCAUUCGCACCGUCCGGGCCUUCAAUGGCGAGGAUUUGGAGCUGGCCUGCUUUGCGCAGGCGGUGGCCCGCUCGACCGAUGCCCACCGGGAUCUCGGCUUCCACAUGGCCUCCUUCGGGGCCCUCACCUCGCUGGCCUUCAAUGCCAUGUAUUUGGGGGUUCUCUUCAUUGGCGGUGGCUUGGUGAUCGAUUCGGCCGGGGCCGCGGCCAAGGCGGCCGCCACGACCGCAGCCAUGGCCACGGAGGCCGGGCCGUCGGCCGCCGGGCGGCUGGGUGCCCUCUUCCAGGGCGUCUUCUCCAGCGGUGCUCUGGUGUCCUUCCUGAUGACCACGCAAUCGGUGCAGGCCAAUUUGGCCGGCCUGAUCAAGCUCUUUGCCGAGGUGAACCAGGCUCUCGGGGCCGGGGCCCGGGUGCUGGCUCUCUGCCGCGACCCGGCCUUCGGUGGCGAGGCCUCGGGCCCGGCGGCCGGGGGCCCGGUCUUGGCUCGGGCCGAUCUUGCCGGCGCGGACAUCCUCUUCCGCGGGGUGGACUUCGCCUAUCCCUCGCGCCCGGAUGCCCCGGUGCUGGUGGGGCUGGAUCUGCGCCUGCCGGCCGGCAAGGUGACCGCCGUGUGUGGCGCCUCGGGCUCCGGCAAGUCCACCCUGGCGGCCCUGCUGGAGCGCUUCUAUGAGCCGACCGCCGGGGAGAUUCUCCUGGUCCGGUCGGAUGGCCGUGCCGGGGAGAUUCCCCUGACCGCGGUGCCGGCUGCCGAGUGGCGCCAGCACAUCGGCUACAUUUCCCAGGACCCGGUGCUCUUUGGAUCGCGCACCCUCGGGGAGAAUAUCGCCUAUUCGAAGGCCACCAGGGCCGCCAGCGAGGCGGUCGCCCAGGCCGGGCCCCAGGGCGAUGUGACCGAGCGCGCGGUCUCCGGCGCGGCUGUCCGCGCGGCCGAUGCGGCCCUGGCGGAUGCCUCCGCCGGGCAGGAUUACGAUGUCAUGUCUGCCUCCCUGGCGGCCAAUGCCGCUGGCUUUGUGGUUCACCUGCCGGAGGGGUAUGCCACCGGGGUUGGCGAGCGCGGGGGCCUGCUCAGUGGGGGCCAGCGUCAGCGGGUGGCCAUCGCACGGGCCAUCGUCCCGGCGCCGCAGGUCCUCGUGCUGGAUGAGGCCACCAGUGCCCUGGACCCGGAGUCCGAGGCCGCCGUGCAGUUGGCCCUCGAGUCGCUGAUGGCCGGCGGUGGGGGUGGCGCCAAUGGGUCGGCCGCUCCGACCACCCUGGUCAUCGCCCACCGGCUGUCGACCAUCCGCAAUGCCGACCAGAUUUGCGUCAUGUCGCCGGAUGCCCGGCGUGUGGUCGAGCAGGGCACCCACGAGGAGCUGAUCGCCCAGCGGGGGAUCUAUUAUGAGAUGACCCGCCGGGCUGGGCUCAUGAACUCCGACAACUUUGAGGAGGUGGCCGACCAGAUGCGCUCGGCGGAGCGGGCCGCCACCGUUGCCGAUAUCGCCGCACGCAAUGGCUGCUAGUCCCGCAACCUGGAGGAGGGCUGCGCAGGCGUUUGUGUGUGUGUGUGUGUGUGUCUGCGCGACAGUGUGAAGGUCAUGCAUUCCUAUGUCCCACACAUGGGCGGCCGUGCGGCUUGUGCACACAGACACAGACGCUCAUGCUCGUGCGCACGUACACGCGCCCACUUCUUGGCCCGCCAUCUUCUUCCCCCACCCGAGAGACCCUCCCCGUCGCCUGUUCCUCCUCCUCCUCCUGCCUCGGCGGCGCGCCUGCCAGGGUGCGGCCCCGAUUGUCACAAUAGAUGCUCCCUCUUGC